AGAGAAGGGCGGGGGAGCGGGAGGCGGCGAAAAGGAGAGGGGGGAUGCCCUGCGCAUGCGCGCCAGCGCCUAUGCAAAUCUGCUGUACAUCCAGAGAGCAAAGUGGGAUGAUCUGUCACUACACCUGCAGCACCACGUUCGGAGGACAGCUCCUGCUUGCAGCUUCCGGACCCAGGAAGCCUGAGGGGAAGAAAGGAAGUACGGGCGAAAUCACCAGAUUGGCUUCCCAGGUUUGGGAAUCUGAAGCGGGCCCACAUCUUCCGGCCAACUUCCAUUGAACUUCCCAGCACUCGAAAGGGACCGAAAUGGAGAGCAAAGAACCCCAGCUGAAAGGAAUUGUGACAAGGUUAUUCAGCCAGCAGGGAUAUUUUCUGCAGAUGCACCCAGAUGGUACCAUUGACGGGACCAAGGACGAGAACAGCGACUACACCCUCUUCAAUCUAAUUCCUGUGGGCCUGCGUGUGGUGGCCAUCCAAGGGGUGAAGGCCAGCCUCUAUGUGGCCAUGAACGGUGAAGGCUAUCUCUACAGCUCAGAUGUUUUCACUCCAGAGUGCAAAUUUAAGGAGUCUGUGUUUGAAAACUACUACGUGAUCUAUUCCUCCACACUGUACCGUCAGCAAGAAUCAGGCCGAGCGUGGUUUCUGGGACUCAAUAAAGAAGGUCAAAUUAUGAAGGGGAACAGAGUGAAGAAAACCAAGCCCUCAUCACAUUUUGUACCAAAACCUAUUGAAGUGUGUAUGUACAGAGAGCCAUCACUACAUGAAAUUGGAGAAAAACAAGGGCGUUCGAGGAAAAGUUCUGGAACACCAACCAUGAAUGGAGGCAAAGUUGUGAAUCAAGAUUCAACAUAGCUGAGAACUCUUCCCUUCGACCCUCUCUCAUUCCUUCCCUUUCUCCCUCUGCCCUUUACCCAUUUCCUUCCAAUAAAUCCACCCAAGGAGAAGAAAAUAAAAUGGCAACCCAGGACCUAGUGGCUAAGAUUCUGCACUCAAAAUCUUCCUUUGUGUAGGACCAGAAAAAUUGAACCAAAGCUUGCCUGUUGCAAUGUGGUAGAAAAUGCACAUGCACAAAGAUUAGCACACAUAAAAGCAGAAGAAAAAAUAAAUCAAGACUCCACAAGCAUUAAAAUAAACUGUGUUGUUAUUAACAGAGGGCUAAUUGUAAUGAAGACUUUACUGUAAUAAAGAUGAAAUAAAGUUAUUACCUUAAAGCAAAGGGUUUUGGAGAAUUGAACUUACAAAUAGAUGUAAUACCCCAAAUAGUUUAAACUCUGGAUAAUGCUGUGAUGUGUGCUUUGUUCUGAAUUUGUAUUUUCUUUGGGCAUCUGGAAUUGAGACAUAAUUACAUUAUGUUUCCAGGAUUUUUUUUUUUACCAUGAUAUUGAACAUGUAUGAAUUACAGAUUCUCCUAAUGCCUGUAAGGUAUGUAGCCAGGAAUCAUUUAACACCAAGAAAAGCUUAAAAUUCUAUUCUUGAAAUUGAUAUUUAAGAUUGUUUUAGGCAAAGGAUAGUCUUAUGUUGAAUUUAAUGCUAUUAGCUGAUUUCAUUCCUUCCUAAAAAUGUGUUCCUAGGAGAGUAUCAUUUUUUUUCAAAGGUAUUAAUUCAGGAUCUCACCUUUUUUCUUUAGCCAUUUAGAAAAAAAAAAAAUCUUGCUCUAAGGCUGAAUUAACUUUUAGGAAUUCUUUAUCAUUGCCAUGCCUUGGGCAGUGAUAAGUUAUGGGCUCUUACCAUUUGGCCUGAUUUUUUACUUUGUAGACACCUUUGAGAUUAUAGGCACCAUGUCUAGCUGUCUUAAGAGAGUUUUAUACCAUCUCUUGCAGCAGGAAGGACAGAAGAGGGGUUUUACAAAAGGAAAUAAGUCCCAAGAAAUUGGUGAAAACAAAUUGUAUUUGCCUUUGUACCUUACCAGAGUUUUCUGUCUGUAGCAUUUUCCAAACUUCACUGAGACAUUGGGGGGCAUGACUGUGAAAUUUCUAACUCACUACCUUAUGAAGCCAGUGGAUUGCUUGUUACUGUAUAUCCUCUUUUAUAAAUCUAGUUGACAGUAAGUCUGUCUCCUGGAACACAGAAGGGAACUUGUACUACACUGAAUUUUCAAGGGACGUAGAGAAACAACAUGGAAUUAAUAGCUAUGGCUCCAACAGACAGCUGUGUGAGUGACUUAAAGUAGUUAAAAACAAAACAAAAACUCAGUGUAAGACUAGCCAAAUUGCAUAUUUAGGGAUACUAAAGUAUUAGGAAAAUGUUAGGGAAGAAACGAACUUUAUACAAUUGCCUUGGGAAAAAAUAGAUCUACUUAGUCCUACAAAUCAGGAAUGGUGUAGAGACAUCCAAAUCAAACAAAACAAAACAGAAUGUUUAAAAACGUAUGCAGAUUUCUGGAUAUUAUCAGUGAGAAGACUUAGCAUGUUACUUCUCCUCUAGCUCUACCGUCCAGCAUGUAUUGUUCCAAAUACUCCCUAAAAUAUAUACACUUUGCAGAAGCUCUAGGCCCUCACUUCAAUGACCUUGCCGGUGGUUGCUGUAUUCUUUCAAAGUCAGUGUAGUUUUCCCUCACUCUACACAAUCAUUAUUCUUCAGCAGUGGUCCAUGUCCUUCACCAAGUAUUCUGUUUAUGUUAUCAGGAGGUUAGCAGAAAAUGAAAUGGAGGGAUUUCUCUAAUUGGUGACAAAGAAGAAAAGCUAUGCAUCUAGGCAAGGAUUUUGAACACACAUUUGCAAGAGAUAUUUGUUUAACCAAAAUAUUUGGAAAGUAAUGAAUAAAGACAUUUAAAUUAAAG